AUGGGCAUCUGCUUGGAUACUGAUCAACCAAAUGGAUCGCAGAUGUUCGAGGAAAACGAUGCUCGAGCUACAGGAAGAUGGCGAGGAGAGGCUGGUCUUUUGGCUACUCCACCAGAUGGACAAUUCCCAAAACAAAAUGUUGGUCCAAUUAAAUUCGAAAUACCAAAAAUUCCUGUUAUAUUCGUACUUGGAGGCCCAGGUAGCGGUAAGGUGACAUAUUGCGACAAUUUGAUACAGGAGAAAAAAGGAAUAACACAUAUUAAUAUGAUGGAUCUUCUUCAACAAUAUGCAUUAGGAAAUGAUAUGCAAGAUUUUGGACAACUUAGUAGCAAAACCGUGACAGAAGUACUCAUGCUUGAGAUGAAAAUGUCCCCAGGAGCCAAAGUUUUUCUUGUAAGCGGAUAUCCACGAAAUAUGCGUGAUGUGGUAGAAUAUGCCGAAAAAAUAAAAAUCGUUAAUGGUGUCAUUCUUGUAUCGUGGAGGCAAGAAGUGUUGGAGAGACAAAUUGAUUUCGGUGCACAACUCGGCCAUGUUAUCAUUGGAUUAGCUAGAAUGGAAUUGCAUAAUUUUUAUAGAAACGUAAUGCCAGUUGCAGAAUAUUUUGAUCAAAGUGGCAUGUUACUUGAGAUAAAUGGGGAACGCAACCCAAGUGAGGUCUAUGUUAGUUUUCGAGAUGCAGUUCUCAGAAUUCUUGGAAUAUCAAGCGGUGAAAUUCACGAUCAAGAUGUACCUCAAUCUUUAGAAGCCGAAGUUGAAGUGGAAAGGAGAAAGGAAUCGACCACGGAUUCAGCAUUAGUCAAACAAGUUGUAGGAACUAAUAAUAGGCUACCAGCUUCUAUAUCAAUAGACGCACCAAAAACUGCUGAUAAACCGAGAAAAGGAUUGCCAUCAUUUAUUUGGGUCAUAGGUGGACCAGGAAGUAAUAAGGCGGCUCUUUGCACCCAAGCUGUUCGUAAUAUGUCAGGCUGGCUGCAUAUAAGUAUUGGAGAAUUAUUUAGAACGAUGGCUUCGUCCAAUAUGAUUGUAAAUGAUGCAAUUGUUUCGGGUGAAAUGGUCCCUCACGAUAUCGUAAUGCAGCUUGUAGAACAGCAGAUUCUUUUGAAUCGAGAUUCGGACGGUAUCGUCAUGGAUGGAUAUCCGAGAGACUUGAAUCAAGUGCAGGAAUUUCAGACGAAAUUUGGACAGGAACCACCACUAGUACUACUUGACUGUUCCAAAUUGCAACUCGGGAGAGGAAGACUGGACGACAGUGUUUCAGCAUUUAGAAAAAGAUUGGAACUUUUUCGCGAAGUGUCUCUUCCCAUGUUGAAAACGCUGGACAGCGAUAAUCGGUUAAUAAUUGUGGACGGUGAUACAGAUGUACCUAAUGUCCAGCAAGAUUUUGCUGCUGCGUUAUAUCAAUUAAUGCGUCGAGCACGUCGUAAAGAAGAAGAAAGUCUAUACGAUCUGGAUUCGCCUAUCAAGAAACAUCCAAACGGAAUAAAUACCUCAAAUGAAUACCAAAAUGAACGUGCCAUACCUAAUGGCAAUGCCAAACUAGUAGUCAACGGCACAUCUAAUUAUAUUGGAAAGAUAGCCGAUGCGACGAAAAAAGGAAUUGUUGCUCAAGGAGUGGGUACUAUUUCUAAUGGUGUAUUGAACAAUAUGAAGCAUAUUCAACAGAAUGGUCAUAUUCAUCAGAAUGGCAUCGCAAAAGGAACAACACAUAUCCUACAAAAUGGUGUAGCGCAUUUAGCCAACGGCAAUAUAUCCGGCAACAAUAAAAUCGCACCAGCGAUGCACAACUAUUUGCCAAAAGAUCCUGUCAGGAAAAUGUAUAAUGAAAUUGAAGGUUAUCAGCAAAAUCUUCAUAUGUAAAUACAAAAUCUUUUUUAAUAUUGUUAAAUAAUUUUAACUAUUAACAUGCACGAAAGGCUCCGUAAUACGUAUUGGAACUUUCAACUGUACCGACAAUUUUGAUAUUUUACUAAUAAUAUCUCUUACUCUACCGCGUGCCUUAAAAAAAUAUUUAAACACAAUUAAUUCAUUAAA